AUGGCUAGCAAAGAAUUAGACGCAAGUGUUGUUGACCCACAGAGAGAGAUGGUGGAAUAUGAGUUUGGUUUGAAAGAAGAUCAUGCACCAGGCUUCACCCCUUACCACCACUAUCCCGGCACCUCAACCCAAAUUGUCCAAGCUCCCCCUGCCAAAGCAACCACAUACUCUGCUCCGCCAGCUACCCCUGUCUUCGUAGCCCCUCUGCGAGCUAUCCUCCAUCGAUCUUCUAGUGAGCCGGCAUUCCAAGCCCAGGAUAACCAAUACUAUGCCCCAGAGCCCACUUUCAAAGUCCCGGAUCAUUACUCCUACACUCCUCAUUUUGAACUUCCUGUCGAAACCGAGAAGCCACCCAAAAACGCGGAGCAAGAGGAGAUAUUUAGGAAGUCAUAUGCUCAACCCCCUCCUUACCCGCAAUGGCAUGCACCAGCUCCACAAAAUCCUUAUCCACCUCCACAAAAAUACCGAAACUCUACUGGUCCAAGCUUUCGACCCAGGCCGGAGUAUAGAAAGGAAAGGCAGCAGCGAAAGCAAACUUUCACCCAGCUCGGGGAGUCUUAUGCUAGUUUGUUUCAGAGGUUAAGGCAGUUGGAUGUUUUGAGGCCGAUUGAGUUAAAACUACCAAAUCCCCCUCCAAAGAACCUGGAUUAUUCCCUCAGGUGCGCAUAUUGUUCUGAUGCUCCGGGGAACGACACAGAAAAGUGUUGGCAUUUGAAGAGCGCCAUCCAAGAGCUUAUCGAUACAAACCAAAUUAUGGUCCAGAGCCCGGAAGCUCCGAACAUCAAUCAAAAUCCAUUGCCAGCCCAUGCUGAAACGCACAUGAUUGAGAUAGUGUAUAAGGAUGGGGAUCCCGAGAAGCCUUCAAAGUCUGUCAUGAUUAUCCGUGCCAGUGAAGCAAAGCAAGGAAUGCCGAAAGUGGUUGUGCCGCGGGCUGCAAGUAAGCCUUUCAUAAUCGUGGAAGGGGCUCGCAUUGACCCUAUUAUUAUUAAACAUGUGACCCAGCAGCCGAUAAAUAACACCAAGGCUGUUCCAUGGAAUUACAAGCAAGUGAUAGUAACUUAUAAAGGGAAAGAAGUGGAAGAGGAAGUUAAUGAAACCCAGGGGUUGACUCGUUUGGGGAGAUGCUUUACCCCAGAGGAAUUAAGGAAAGCUGAGCCAUUCAAAGAUAACCCAAUCCCGGUAAAGAAUCCAGUUACCGAGGAGGAGGCGAAAGAAUUCUUGAGAAAAAUGAAGGUGCAGGAUUACUCCAUCGUGGAACAAUUAAGGAAGACGCCCGCUCAGAUUUCUCUUCUAUCACUGUUGAUACAUUCAGACGAGCACCGCCGGGCCCUCAUGAAGAUUUUGAAUGAGGCACGUGUCCCUGAUAUGAUUACAGUGAACCAUUUGGAGAAGAUUGCCAACAAGAUAUUCGAGGCAAACAGGAUCACUUUCUCGGAUGACGAGCUGCCUUUGGAGGGUACAAAACACAAUCGAGCUCUUUAUCUCACCGUGAAAUGCGAGGAUCUGUGGUCUCGAGGGGGGAAAGAUUCUAUUGGCGAUAUCAUGCUCGAAUUGACAAUAGGACUAGUUGAAUUUACUAUGGAGUUCCAGGUGUUAGAUGUGGCCGUUUCCUACAAUUUACUUUUGGGUAGACCCUGGAUACAUGUUGCCAAGGCAGUCCCUUCUUCCCUGCACCAGAUGGCAAAGUUCAAGUGGGACAGACAGGAAAUCGUUGUGCAUGGUGAUGAGAACUUAUGUGCUUACAAUGAUACAUCCGUCCCGUUUAUUGAAGCCGAAUAUGAUAAAGGGCCUUAG